AAGGCGGCGGCGCUCUCGCUCCGUCUCUCGCCGGCCUCCCCUCCGCCUGCCGUGGUCUCGCCCGCCCCCGCUGCCAUGUUGGAUCGUGCGGCCGCCGGAGCCGGGCCGAAGUUGGAAGUUUAGCCCGGCGCCCGGGGCGGGCGGCCAUCGGCCGGGCUGCCCGCCGCCCUCCCUCCCUCCGUCCCCCCGGCCCCCAGCGGGAGGCUCCGCCAUGCGGCUGCCGUGAGGCGGCGGCUGGACGAGGACGAGGAGGAGGAGGAGGAGGAGGAAGGGGCCGAGAGCGCCAGCGGUUGCAGGGCGGCGAGGGAGGGCAGCGCCGCCGGGCCGGCCCCGGCCAUGAGCGGCGCCCCGCAGCAGCAGCCCCCGCAGCCGCGGCGGGUAACUAACGUGGGCUCCCUGCUGCUCACCCCGCAGGAGAACGACAGCCUCUUCGGCUUCCUCGGCAAGAAAUGCGUGACGAUGUCUUCAGCAGUUGUUCAAAUAUAUGCAGCAGAUCGCAAUGCCAUGUGGUCAAAGAAAUGCUGUGGUGUAGCUUGCCUUGUAAAGGACAAUCCGCAGAGGUCAUAUUUUAUUAGAAUAUAUGACAUUAAGGAUGGGAAAUUAUUGUGGGAGCAGGAGCUGUACAAUAACUUUGUAUAUAAUAGUCCUAGAGGAUAUUUUCAUACCUUUGCUGGAGAUACAUGUCAAGUUGGUCUUAAUUUUGCUAAUGAAGAAGAAGCUAAACUAUUCCGCAAAACAAUAACAGAUUUACUUGGACGACGGCAGAGAAAAUCUGAAAAAAGAAGAGACCCACCAAAUGGCCCAAACCUACCAAUGGCAACUGUUGAUAUCAAAAACCCAGAAAUUACAACUAACAGAUUUUAUACUCCACAAGUCAACAAUAUUUCAUAUACCAAAGAAAAGAAGAAAGGAAAAACUAAAAAGAGAAGAUUGACAAAGGCAGAUAUUGGAACACCAUCUAACUUCCAACACAUUGGACAUGUUGGUUGGGAUCCAAACACAGGUUUCGAUGUGAAUAACUUGGACCCAGAACUGAAAAACCUGUUUGAUUUGUGUGGAAUUUCAGAGGCUCAACUUAAAGACAAAGAAACUUCAAAGGUCAUAUAUGAUUUCAUUGAAAAAACAGGAGGUGUGGAAGCAGUUAAAAAUGAACUGCGCAGACAAGCUCCACCUCCACCACCGCCAUGCAGAGGAGGACCCCCGCCACCUCCACCACCACCUCCCCAUAGUUCAGGCCCCCCUCCUCCCCCUGCUAGGGGCCGAGGGGCGCCACCUCCACCUCCCUCAAGAGCUCCAACAGCAGCACCUCCACCCCCACCUCCAUCUAGACCAGGUGCAGCAGUGCCCCCACCUCCUCCCAACAGGAUGUAUCCUCCUCCACCACCAGUGCAUUCAUCAUCUGCGCCAUCCGGCCCUCCUCCACCGCCGCCACCACCAAGUGGGUCGUCUGCUCCCCCGCCGCCGCCGCCUCCUCCACCUCCUCCCGGUCCUCCCCCGCCACCCGGCCUUCCUUCAGAGGUUGAUCACCCGCUUCCAGUUCCUGCAGGAAACAAAGCAGCACUCUUAGAUCAAAUCAGAGAAGGAGCCCAGUUAAAGAAAGUAGAACAGAACAGUCGACCAGUGUCCUGCUCAGGAAGAGAUGCGUUGUUAGACCAGAUACGACAGGGUAUACAGCUGAAAUCUGUAUCUGAUGGCCAGGAGAGUGCACCACCUACACCUGCACCCACCUCAGGAAUUGUGGGUGCAUUAAUGGAAGUUAUGCAGAAAAGGAGCAAAGCCAUUCAUUCUUCAGAUGAAGAUGAGGAUGAAGAUGAUGAAGAAGACUUUGAAGAUGACGACGAAUGGGAUGAUUGAUCAUAUAUUAUAUUAUAUAUAUAUAUUUUUUAAGGUGAAUGAUAUACUAAACACUACUUUCUGUCUAUGGAUUCUGUAAAAUUAUCAUGUAAAUGUUCUACCAAUUUGCUGUAUAUUUUUGUUGCCUUUUGCUUUUUUAUUAAUCUGUGCAAUACCUCAUUUAAUCUGUAAAGGUUUGUCAUAAUCCUCUACAAAGCUACUCCCUGUUAAUGUGUGCAAGUUUACACCUGGAUGAUCAUGUACAUGUGAAUACUUUCCAUUCCAUCAAUAAGGGAGUUUAAAUGUAAUAUGUGAGACUGACGAAAACCUUAAUGUAAUUUAGUUGUAAUGCAAGAAGGAAAACACUAUUUUCAUACCCUACUUUUUCUGUAUCUAAAUUUUCUUAUUAAAACCUAGUAUAGCACUAUGUUCUUUAAGUGAUGCAGCUCUUAGUUUAUUUAGCCCCUUCAUUUCAAAUGCAGUGCUACAUGAAUGUUGAGGCUGGUUUAUACUAUUGCAUGGUUUCAAAUACAUCACAACAUUGCAGUUCAAAUCUUAGCAGUAUGCUUUACGUAAAACAAAAUCACAACAGAAAUGCACAGCUAGUUGUGAAGAUUACCUUGCCCUAACUGUAGCAAUACUGACUGCUAUCGAAGGGCAGUAGUAAUUGAAUACUAUAAUUAGGGAUCUCUGUAUCUGAGGUUAAACCGGGUGGCUUUACGUUGUAAGUGAUAAAGGCAUAUUUGAUGCAGACCAGUUCAGUCCUAUUUUUUUCCAACUCUUGUCUUUCAGAAUGAAGAAAUGUAAAUUACUGGGGGCUAUACUGGAGACUGGCAAUUGCUACAGUUUGAUUUAUUUUUUAAAUCAUUUUUAUGUGGUUUUCAGGCUGAAGGGCUGCGUUUAAUGCUUGCUUCAAUAAUGUUUAAUUACUUUUUUUUAAAUUUGUAGGGCAUUGGUGUACUAAUAAAGUAAACAUAAGUGGGAUUACUUUGCAGUCUUUGCGUUAUGGUACAUAACAAAUGCUAAAGCACCAAUCCUACAUCCAAAAAGUUGGAAAGCCAUUAACUCACAAUGUACAGUUUGACUACAUACUGAACUUUAUGGCAAUAUUCUGUUUUCAUACGUUGGCUUUAAGACCAAGGGUUGUGAUGAAGAUCAAGAACCCUAUUCACAAGAGUACUAUUUGAGUAAGUGGACAGAAAAUGGAAUUCUCAUUUCACAGCUCACACGUUUAUAUGUUGUACUUUAUAGUGCAGUAAACCUUGGCAUAUCUGCCUAUUACAAAAUACUAAUCUGUGCUGUGCAGGUAUUUAAUAUCUGCAGCAUAAAUUACUGUACUUACUGUAAUUUUCAGGUAGAAAAUCUUUCUAAAAACACUGACACAGAAUGUUUAGUUAAGUCAGUCAUAUUUGGAGCAUAGUUAAUGCAUAGUGUCCUGGGCCAUGGACUGUAGUCAAGGUAUCAAACUCAAUUUAAGUUAUCGGAAUUGUAUCGACUGAAACCCAGCGAUGACCUGAUCUUGACAGGCUGGACCUGCAUGAUACGGCUUGGAUUUCUAACCCAGUUAUAACCUAGUCUUUAGCAAAUUAAUUUAGUUAUGUGAGAAGAAAGGAAAGUUGCUGAAAAGUAGUGGGAGGGGUAAGGUUGUAGUUACAUUUUUCAGAGGAUGCUAACUUCCUUCCGAGAGUAAUUUAAGCACAUAACACUAGGAAAAACUAUUUCCAAGUGAUGUAAUCUCCUUGCGGUAACUCUUACUGCACUCUGCUGCUGGAAACACUUCCUACGAGCUUUGCUGCUGUAACGGCUUGAGCAUUGGAUCAAGUGCAAGUGCAGUCAGGGGUAGCUAAUGGCAGCGGAGUUAAGAACUCCUGUAGAAGGAAAAUAUUUGUAUGGCUUUCAUAUAAGUUCUGGUACUGCUCCCUCUUUUUUAUUGCAUAUAGGGCAUUUUAAAAUUAAGCAGAUGAGGCCUAGAGGUUUUCCUAACAUGCUACUUACUAGAUAUGUUUAGCUGUUAUGUUCCCGGAGUUGGAGUUUCUGUAAUAUAGUUAAUAAUUAAGCAUCACAGUUCAUUAAUCAAAUUUCUGUUCCAGGUUUUGGGAGCUCUGAAGUUAUGUUAUUGAGUAAAACUUUAAUUUGUAGAUACUGGCCAAAGAAAGCUUCUGGUUUUUCAUUUUCUUUUUUCUUCAUGCAGAAAGUACACUCAUAUUCUGUGGUGUCCAGGUUAAUAUUUACUUUAAAAUAGUGUAUGUACAUGAUAAAUUUGGGGCAUAAAGACUGCAACGGCAGUUAAGUUAGUCAUAACUGCAUGCUUCAGCACUCCGCCACUUGCACUACGAGCAGAAGAUAGCAUUUCAUGAUACUGGUGCAUUGUUGCUAAACAUUGUAAUGAAGGCCUCUCGUAUAUUCUGGUUAAAUGAGUGUCCAGAUAGCCUUAGCAAUUAACAAACUAGCAUGAGGCUUUUGUAUUUCAACACUCUAUGUGCAUAGACAAUAUCAGCUAGCCACUUGUACGUAUGAAAUCCGUAAGAACUUCUCAAUCAUUCAGUUUUCCAUUUAUCAAACUGAAAUUUUUAGUAUGUGAAUUUUUGAAAUGUACAGUGAAUAGGAUGUUGCACUGGUGGCAAUUCAUCAUGGAGCAUAAUAAAAUUAAUUUGACCCAA